GACAAGAUAACUAUCACACGCAACAGCACAAUAUGGAGGGAAAAAUACAUUUUGCGACGAUUGGCACGAGCUGGAUCACAUCCUCAUGGAUUGAGUCUGCCGAAUCGACUCAACAAUGGAAGCUCGACUGUGUCUAUUCUCGUUCUGCAGAGACUGCGAAAGCGUUCGCGUCCAAACACAACAUCGAAAAAACACACACCGAACUCGCUCAAUUAGCACAUGAUCCAGAAAUUCACGCCGUCUAUAUUGCUUCGCCCAACUCUCUUCACUUUGAGCACGCGAAGGUGAUGCUCUCCGCCGGGAAACAUGUGAUUGUUGAGAAGCCAGCCUGCUCGACUUCUAAGGAGCUAGCUGAAUUGUUUGAGCUUGCAAAGAAGAACAACGUCUUUCUGUUGGAGGCGUUCCGACACAUCCAUGAGGUCAACUUCAAGGUAUUGAAGUCGAAUCUCGACAGGUUGGGGCCGAUUUAUGGCGCGUCUUUAAACUAUGCUUCGUUCUCGUCGCGAUACAACAACGUCUUGAAAGGCGAAACGCCGAAUAUUUUCAACCUAGACUUCUCUGGUGGAAGUCUGGUAGAUCUUGGCGUAUACCCUAUUUCUGCGGCGGUCGCAUUGUUUGGACAACCAAAGGCACAAACGUAUAAACCUUUCAUCAUCGCAACCGGUGCAGACGGUGGCGGACUGAUUAUGCUCUACUAUGAAAAGUUUGGAGUGUCAAUCAAUGCAUCAAAAAUAUAUACAUCGAAAGCUCCAAGCGAAGUUUUCGGUGAGAAAGGAACUAUAAUUUGCAAUGGAGUAACUGACAUCUCGUCCGUCGAAUUUUGGGACGCAAGCACCAAGAGCAGCGUGGAAUUGGCUCAAAAGAAGGCUGACUUGAACAUGAGCGAGGAAGCACAGGUUUAUGCGAACAUAAUCAAAUCCAAAGAUGGAAAGAUGGCAGAAGAACUGCAGCGGAUAAGUAAGAUAACGCAGAACAUCACAGAAGCGCUCAGAAAAGAAAAUGGACUUGUGUUCGGAGUUGAGAGAAAGUAGCGCUUGAAAGACAAGGGCUCUAUAGAUUUACGCGUAAGGCAAACAGCUCAUCGUUGCUGCGCCGGCAGUGCUCAAUACAGAGAUUCAAUACGGUCGUACGACUUACCAAGAUAAGUUUGGAAAUGUUGCACGCACACUCUCUAGUGAUAUUUUUGACAAGUAGGGGAGAUCUAUUAUCAUACGUUAGACCCAAUGUUAUCUCCUGUUGUCCGA